UACCUAGUCAUCUGUGUAAUCUCAGAGUUGGUCUAGUGUUGAGGAGGUUAUGGACACGCUAUAAAAGUAUUGUAACAUUAAAUAUCGUAAAUAUAUAUACAUCUCAAUAUGACAAUGGUUUCAAAAGCAGCCAUAGGUAUUGCUGCGGGUAUAUGUGGAACACUGUUUAUUGGAUACUGCAUAUAUUUUGACAGGAAGCGAAGAAGCGAUCCCAAUUUUAAGAAGAAAUUGAGAGAAAGAAGGAAAGCUAGACGAGCUGUCACAAAAUCUGCAGGGACAAAACUUCCAGAUCUAAAAGAUCAUGAGGCUGUUCAGAGAUUCUUCCUUCAAGAAGUACAACUGGGUGAGGAGCUGCUGGCUCAAGGGGAUCUGGAGGGUGGUGUUGAGCAUCUUGGUAAUGCAGUAGCAGUCUGUGGGCAACCAAAUCAACUUCUGCAAGUUCUGCAACAAACGCUUCCUCCUCAAGUGUUCCAUCUUUUGCUGCAGCGCCUUCCUUCAGUUGGUCAGCGGAUUGUAGCACAGAAUGCCGCAUCAGUGGGUGUGAUGUCUGAAGAUGACGUGGAAUAAGGAGUAUCAUUUCAGAUGGAGUAGCAUUGAGAUGGGUCAUAAAACACACUGGUGUAUUAUGGUAUUUUUUCUCACUUCAUAAAAUUUGACUGCAUUAACAGAUAGUAUUUUCAACAUAAGAAUAAAUUUUUAGUUGUAUGUAGUGCUUUGUACUCCAGUGUAUUCUAUUGAUCUGUCCAAUAUUAAAUCUUGAAGAAUGGCUACGAAUCAAAAAUUAGCCCGAUAACUAAUGUUAUGACAUGUUGAAAAGUUUGAAUCUUAGCAGUGUAAGAUUGUGGUCUUCUGGGUUAUUAUGCAGUGUAUUUUCAUAAUUGAUUUUCAAAUAACCAUUGCUUCUUUUUUUCCUAAAAUUGGAGGUAGCAGGUUUCUCGCAAAAUGUUUGUAACCACCCAUGAAAGUGGACUGUGUCAUAACCCUGAAGAACACUCUUUUUAAUUUGCACUGCCAUAAACAUCUCUGAUCACAUAGCAAUGUACUGUCUGCAUCAGUUUUCCUGGGUGCUUGCUCCAUGCCUGUUACUGUGGAAAGCAUGUCAGUGCCAUGUGGCAUACCUAAUGCACAACAUUGCCCCAGAGUUCUGUUACUUAGUGCUGUUAUAUGAAUGAUAGGUACUGUAUCCCAUUUGCAGAGGGACACUAGUACAAGACUGGUGCAUGUGUGACAUCAUCUGGGUAGCCACCACACAUUUUUACAUGCAACCCCUUGAGUGAGCUCUCAGCUUACCUGGUGACUACAGUACAUAGAAGUAUCUUGUAUGAAAACUGAUUUUUUUCAGAAGAAACAAAACUUUCACGUUUCUGUAUGCACAAAAAAUAUGAGAGAAUGCUGAAAAAUGAUAAUUUAAGUGUAAUAAAACCAUAUAUUUUGAAUGUUAGCAUCAUAUCGUAUGACAGUACUGCUAUAAACGUAGAAUUCAGGAUAAGAAGUGAGGAAACAAAAAAUUCCAGCUCCAGGCAUGCAGAGAGUAAGUAGGACAUUUUGUCCACUGUAAUGUAGUUCACAAGAAUUUGUGGCUGAGGAGUGCACCGGUCACAUAUCAUGGCUUGGAGGAAACAAGGAAACAUAGACUAUGGAGUGGUGCCAAAUUCGGCAUUGUGGAGCGCUGGUUUUCAUUGAAGGCAGAUUUUUUUUGUUAAAUAUAUUCAUACACAAAAUCAAUUGCGAAUUGAUAAACACUACAGUAUAUGUGAUUUAGAUGUGUGUUGUAUUGUGCUCUGACAGCUGCAGCUGCAGAUAGCAGCUCACAUCAAAAAUAAAGUUGUUCACAGUACUAUGUUAAUCAA